UUGUUUAUUUUUAUUUUAUUUUUUUUUAAUAACAACACAACUCUCUUGCAUAUUUAUUUUUAUGAUGACUUUUUUUUUAAAUUAUCCCCAAUGAGACAGUUUAACACAAGUUAUUAGUGGGAGUAUGUGAAACAGGCCAACACUAAAGGAAAUUUUUCUAUAUUAAUUACAAGUACAUAUCAAUGCAUCUUGUGUAUAUAUUUACAAUUCACUAUGAGUCUAUUGGAUAAUGAUAAAAAACAAGGAGAGCUGGUUUUACGUCUUCGUGUUAAUAGACCAGUCUAUGAUCAAGAUACUCUCAAUCAAGAUUUCUAUUAUGAAAAACCAAAAACAACAUUUAAAAACAGCAUAAAAAAUAUAAUGAAAAAAGAAAAAAUUCAAUCAUGUUGUUUAUCAAUAUUGCCAGUAAUUGGUUGGUUAAAAAAAUAUAAAUGGAAAGAAUAUUUUCCUGCUGAUAUUAUGUCAGGUAUAACUGUUGCAAUAAUGCACAUACCACAAGGUAUGGCAUAUGGAUUAUUGGGUAAUCUUCCACCAGUUGUUGGUAUAUACAUGGCAUUUUUUCCAGUACUUGUUUAUUUUUUAUUUGGUACAUCAAGACAUGUAUCAAUGGGUACAUUUGCUAUUGUUUGUUUGAUGACUGGAAAAGCUGUAACUGCAUAUUCAACAACUCAGCUAGACAUUCCAUUAAAUAAUUCAACUCAUUUUGUUAAUAAUACUUUGUCAUCUGGUUAUACACCAAUGCAAGUUGCAACUGCAGUUACCCUUACUGUUGGUCUCAUGCAGAUUGUCAUGUAUUUUUUACGCCUUGGAAUAAUAAGUACAUUAUUAAGUGAAACACUUGUCAAUGGUUUUACAACUGGUGCUGCAAUACACGUAUUAAUAUCACAAAUAAAAGAUCUUCUUGGUUUAUCAUUUAUUAAACGUGAAAAAGUCGAUCAUUUCGAAAUGAUAUAUACAACAAUUGAUAUAUUAGCUGUUAUUGACAAGCCAAAUUAUGUAGCAAUAAUUGUAUCAAUAGUAACAAUGAUAAUAAUGACAAUUAAUAAUGAAUUUUUUAAACCUUGGUUAAAAAAAAAAUGUAACAUGCCAAUGCCAAUUGAAUUGAUUGGUGUUAUUGCUGGUACAGUUGUAUCAAAAAUAUUUGAUUUACCAAAAAUGUAUGGUAUUAAAACUGUCGGUGAUAUUCCAACUGGACUUCCAGCAUUUGAAUUACCACCAUUGGAACUUGUACCAGUUGUUGCAAUUGAUUGCAUUGCAAUUAGCAUGGUAUCAUACACAAUAACUCUAUCAAUGGCUAUGAUUUUUGCCCAAAAAUUACACUACAAUAUUGACUCAAAUCAAGAAUUAUUUGCAAUGGGUAUUAGUAAUUUAGCUGGUUCACUGUUAUCAUGUAUGCCAGUUACAGCAUCAUUAAGCAGGUCAAUGAUACAACAAACAGUUGGUGGAAAAACUCAAAUAGCUAGUAUUAUAUCAUGUGGUUUAUUGCUUGUUAUUUUAUUAUGGGUUGGACCAUUUUUUGAACCACUACCAAGAUGUGUUCUUGCAUCAAUAAUUGUGGUGGCAUUAAAAGGAAUGUUGAUGCAAGCAAAACAACUUAAACGUUUUUGGAAAUUAAGUAAAUUAGAUGGUAUGGUUUGGAUUGUAACUGUUUUAACAGUUGUAUUAGUUGGUAUUGAUAUUGGUCUUCUUGCUGGUUUAUUAACAUCACUUGUUAGUAUUUUAUUACUGAGUAUUAAACCGUAUACUUGUUUACUUGGUCAUGUACCAAAUACUGAUUUAUAUCUUGACAUGAAUCGUUACAAAGGAAUUAUUGAAUUACCUGGAAUAAAAAUAUUCCAUUAUUGUGGUGGAUUAAAUUUUGCAAAUGGUAAUUGUUUUAAAACAAAUGUAUUUAAAUUAGUUGAUGUUGAACCACAAAAAGUACUUAAAUUACGAGCUAAAAAAGCUAAAACAACAAUUGUACAAGAUAAAAUUGAUAAUACCAAUGAAUUAAAUUGUAUUGUUAUGGAUAUGAGUGCAUUGAGUUAUGUUGAUCCAUCUGGUAUUGGUGUUUUGCAUUCAAUUGCUGAUGAAUUUUCAUUGAUUGAUGUACAAGUUUAUUUAGCAUGUUGUUCAAGUCCAGUUUAUGAAACUAUACAGAAAUGUGAAAAGUAUUCGAAUGGUCAACACAGCUUCGUUAUAUUUGCUACGAUACAUGAUGCUGUUACUUAUUCUCGGGAUCAAUUUGGACUGAGAUGAUGAUGGUGCUAAUUAUUUUAAUAUCAAUUUUAGUAUAUCAAAUAAAAAUAUAUAUUUUUCGAUUGAAUUAUUCAUUAGAUCUGUAAAAAAAAAUAAGAAGUUAUUUUUUUUAAUUUUUGUUUAAUAAUAAUUAAUGAUGGCAUUUAAAAAAAAAAAAACAAAAAAAGUUUUAUUAAAUUUUAAAAUAAUACAAUUGUUUUUUUGGUAUUUGAAAAGUGUUUUUUUUUUUUCAAACUAAAGUGACAAUAAUAAAUGUUAAUUGAAUUAAAUUUUAAUAUUUAAAAUAAUAAUAUGAUGUUAUUUAAAUAUUGUUAAAUUUUGGGCGAUAAAAAAAGAAGAAGAAAUUGUUGAUGAAAAUUAAUGAAUUAUUAAACAAUUUUAAAUGAAUUUCCAAAGAUCAUAUAGAUUAAUAAUAGUACAUCAUUAAAUUGAUUUAAACGAACAAUAAAUUAUGAACAAAAUUGUAUUUAUUAACAAAAAAACAAAGUACUUAUUGUUUUUUAAAUUGAUGCAAAUAAAAAGAUGUGUUAUAUUUGAUAAAAAUAAAAUUUGAUGUCUAU